AUGUUUACGCUCGCUCGCUCAUCGAAAUCAACGAUGUUUGCAUCUUCUAAUUCUGGUGGAUUGUUUGGAAAUACCAACUCCAAUGCCAACACUGGGGCUAACAGUGGUACCAGUGGUGGAUUAUUUGGAAGCAACAAUAAUACCAACAACAAUUCUGGUGGAGGAUUUGGAUCAACUUUAGGUCUGAAUACAUCUGGUGGAUUGUUUGGAGGUAAUAAUAAUAAUACUGCAAGUAAUACUGGAACAUCAGGUGGAUUAUUUGGAAGUAAUAAUAAUAACACUGGUGCCAACACUGGUACAGGUUCUACAUUCGGGGCCUCCAACACCAAUACUGGUGGUUUAUUUGGGGGUAAUACCAAUAAUACUAAUAACACAAAUACAUCAGGUGGUUUAUUUGGUGGUAAUACUAACACUAAUACCAAUAACUCUGGUGGUUUAUUUGGUGGUAAUAAUAAUACAAACUCCAAUACAUCAGGUGGAUUGUUUGGAUCCAACACCAAUACUUCAGGUAAUAAUACCAACAAUACUUCAGGAGGUUUAUUUGGAGGUAAUACAUCCAACACUAACACUUCAGGAGGUUUAUUUGGAUCAAACUCCAACACCUCCAACACAAAUACAGGAGGUUUGUUUGGAUCAACUAAUAAUACCAACACUAACACCAAUGCUGGGGGUUUAUUUGGUGGUAAUAACACCAAUACUUCUACUAAUACUUCAGGAGGAUUAUUUGGAUCAACCAAUAACACCAACACUAACACCAAUGCUGGAGGUUUAUUUGGUGGUAAUAACACCAAUGCUUCUACUAAUACUUCAGGAGGCUUAUUUGGUGGCAAUAACACCAAUACUUCUACUAAUACUUCAGGAGGUUUAUUUGGUGGUAAUAACACCAAUACUUCUACAAACACUUCAGGAGGCUUAUUUGGUGGUAAUAACACCAAUACUUCAGGAGGUUUAUUCAACAACAAUAAUAAUACCAACACUAAUACUGGAGGUUUAUUCUCAGGCAAUACAAAUAAUUUAAGUAAUACAAAUAAUACCAACAACAAUGGAUUAUUCAACAAUAACUUAAACCAACUCGAUAAAUCUUAUACACCAUCAAUCAAUGAUCAAUUAAUAAAAAUUAAAGACCAAUGGGAUCCAAAUUCCAACAAUUGUAAAUUAAAAACCCAUUUCUAUAACAAAUUACCGGAACAAGAAUUAUCAAUAUUAUUACAACAACAAAGACCACAGAAUGAAAGUCCUGAUGAUUGGAAUAAAGCUAUGUUAGAAAGACCUUCAAAUCAAUAUUAUCCUGUUAAAAUCACAAGUUUUACUGACGUUCAAUCAAGAAUAGAGUUGGAAUUAGAACAAGUGAAAAAAUCAAGAUAUUUAUUGAAUAUAAUCAAUGAUAACCAAUCAAAAUUAUCAUCUGAUCAUGAUUUAAAGAAUAUUUCAAGAAUCAAACAAGCCAAACAAAAACAUUUGAAAUUAUCACGAAGAUUGUUAAGAUUAUCAACUAUUUUGGCUAUCUUGAAAUUAAAAGGUUAUCCAUUAUUACCUGAAGAAGAAGAAAUAUCCAAACAAUUUGAAAUCUUAAAUAACAAAUUAAAUGAUCCUAAUAAUUCAUUGAGUAAAUUGAAUGAUUUAUUUGCUAGAUUGACUAUCUUAAAAGAGAAAUCCAAUGGAUUAAAUAAUGAAAUCAACCAAUCAAUUAAUUUAAUGAAUGAAAAUAUCGAUGAUGAAAAAGAUACCAUUGAUGAUGAUUACUUAAUCAAGGUAAUGAAAUUAUUAAUGAAUCAACAAAAAGGUUUGAACUAUGUUAAUGAUGUUUUACAAAAAGAUUUAGAGACUGUUGAUAGUUUAUAA